AUGCCUGUAAGCCUCUUUCAAUCCAUCAGACCCCUCACCGCGCUGACCGUUGGCAUGUCUAAGACGAUUGCCCUUCCUCCAUUGCGCCUUGUUGCCGUCAAAGUUAUCACGCAGCCAUCUCGCUCUUUGAUAGAGCGGUGGAUGAAUACAGCGACCAAAGAUCGCUACAAACAUCUUUUGGAGCGGAUCGAAGACCCAGACCAAGAUGUAGACUAUGAAGACUUUUUGUCGUGUCUCGUGGACGAGCACGGCAACCUACGGCGCCUUUCCCGGCUUGAUGAUGAACAGUUCCGCUUUGCUUUGGACAAGCUAUCCGACCGUAAGCAAAGAGAUCGAGCGGCGCGUUCGCGGUCUUUGUCUCCGACUUCGAGCACCCGUUCUUCCCUGCAUCCCACGCCGUCUAUAAUCUCGCGACCGAGUUCGCCGGAGGACGCGAUGUCCAUCAACCAGGCUAACAUGCCCUCAGAUCUCGUUUUACUUGCCUCGGGGAAUCAGCCGAUUCUCGACGAUGCUGGGUGCCCGGUUCACAAUAGGCAUGGCAUCUUCUCGAGCGGGAACGCGUCGGAAUUCAGCCACCUCUUCCCGUCCGGCAAUAUUUUGGAGCACUCGCACCACCAAGUGUCGUUAUUUCCUCUGCUUCUCCCGUACAUCAUCCCUGCUCAGCGGAAGAACGUGCAAAUGGUGCACAGGAGUCCUGUUCACGCGAAAGGCCCUGCACGCGACCAGUUCGAAGCUGCAACUCGGGCCCACUCAGAGAUGCUCCUGGCUUAUAUGACACCCCCGAGGACUCGGAGCCAGACUCGGACUGCGAGUCCUCUGAAAGCUGCUGCUCUUCACCGUCUGCCUUAA